AUGAUCAUGGCUUCAUUCAAUCCAAUUCAGAACUCCACAACCACCAUCUUGCCUGUUGCAAUUAUUAUUACAUUUCUACUGCACCAUCUGCUGUGUCCAGUUUCUUGUUUCAUGCUCCCACAUCAUGCAAUUCCUCCAAAGGACCCUUCGUAUGAGGAGAAAAACAGAUUAGGCUCAAUGCCUCCUUCUUGCCACAACAAGUGCAACCAGUGUCAUCCAUGCAUGGCAGUGCAAGUUCCAUCCUUACCUACUCACAACCGAGUCCACCCAGCAGGUAUUUCUCCGAGUUCUCAAAUGCAAGGUUUCCUUCUCCAAGGUAACAGCUAUUCCAAUUACAAGCCAAUGAGUUGGAAAUGUAGUUGUGGUGACCACUUUUUCAACCCUUAAAAAUUGUAUUAUGUUCUCAUGGAGAUAGAUUACUCUCACAGCUGUAGAAUGAAAAAUUGUUCCUCUUGUUUUCAAUUUGAUAAGCCACCGACAAAAUUUCUGUAAACCUCUGUAGCUGUUUAUGUUGUUCUUUUUUAA